AUGACAAGCCAACGGAAUGAGGUUUAUAAAUUCGAUUAUGACACCCACGAGGUACCCAAUAAUGUAACUCAGGAUCAAGUGGAUUUGGACAUUGUGCCGAUGAAAGUUGGGAGGAAAGCUGAUGCCAACUAUCUGAUGGCUCCGUUGUUGAAAUUGGAACGAUUUGAACGACAAGUGCUUCAGCAUUGCUUCUCGCUGCAAGAACUUCAGCUCUCACCACACACUAUGAAACUCGGAAUUCGUUGUUUCGAUGGCUGUCAAAAACUAGUAGUGGCGGACUUGUCAGAGUGUGAUGUCUGGGUUUUAAUGACAGGCUGUUUUCGAAACUGCACAUCUCUUGAACUCGUUCACUUGCCGAGAACCUUGGAAAUAAUUGCUCUUGAUUCCUUUCGCGGCUGUGAAAGCUUGAAAGAGGUGUCUCUGGAUAGGACGCAGCUCCGAAUUAUUGGAAAACGGGCUCUUUCUCGUUGCAGUUCGUUGCAAACUGUCAAGAUUCCUCCAUGCACGAAACAAGUUGGCCAAUUGGCCUUUUCUGGCUGUACCGCCUUGACUUUGGUAGAAGUUCCAUCGUCUUUGAAUAUUGACCAAUACGAUGUUUUCAAGAACUGUCCCAGGCUCCAAAGAAUCCUGCCAUAUCGAGCGCAAGAGGAGGAGAUUGUGUUUUACGAAUCGGAUGACGAAGUUAUUUCCGGUUCGCACGGUAGUCUGGUGCGUCGUCGAUGCGAAAGGAAUGGACCUCCGCAUCUUUCCUUCCGAGCACGUUCCGAUUCCUGUCAGAGUUUGGAGUCUGCUGUUGAAGAAGAAGCUUCCAGCACCUUGCAAGCACAAGCAUCUCGCUUCAAUCGGGCACUAGAUGAAGCCAAGCAAGAAAAUGUUGCUUUGAGUCAGCGAUUGAAUAAUGUUUGUGACAAGCUGGAAAAGUACGAGUCUCAGUGGUCGACCAUGGUGGAACAGCUCAAUAAUUUUGCGAGUUUGGAUGCCAUGAAGAGUCAUCGGAGUGAACAGGAACGGCAGUUGCAAUGGCAACUGGAAACUUACAAGGGCAUGGUCGAAUCCCAAAACCAAAGAAUCUGGGAGAUGAAAAGGGAGCACUUGGCUGCUAAGGAAGCAGCAGGUACGAUUAUUGUGGACCAACGAGACAAUCAAGAUUGUGCAUCGACGGACAGGGCAAGAGGCAACGAGAUUUCAUCGCAAGCUGAACCCGACCGCAUGGGCAGUUUCAACGUGCAAUGGAGUCGGCAACCAUUGGAGUCGGCAAGCCUUUUCAGAACAGAUGACCAAGACGAGUCGGAGGGACAAGCACGAGUAGCUGAACGUACCACUCCAGUACCAAUCAUAACUGAUGGGGAUACUAUCUCUGUGGCGACUGCUGAUCUUGCUCUCGCUCUCGGGGGGCUUGCCGAGCCGGAGCCAUACCGUGUUCAUCAAGGAACUGUCUCUGUAGAAAAUAUUGAUCUUCUUGUCACUCAAACACAAGAAAGUGAAGAAAGUGACGAAUGGCAAGUCAUGUAG